AUGGCAAGAAGCAUCCACACGGUAUCAGCCCAAAAUUCAGCCACGCGAAUUGCACUGUGGGCAGCAUUCAACAGCUCCUCCCGCGUACAGUUGGUCGGGCACGCAGACCACGACGUCAAAUGUUCCAUGGUUGGGGGAACAGCACCACGUUUGCACCCCGAUCUGGAGCCGUCUGAGAGCCAUCGUGGUAGUGGUGAUAGGCUGGGACGGUGGCCGUUGCAGCGGUGCGCUGGUGGGCGUGGUGGUGUGCAGCGUGUCGUGGUGGCGCGGCGAGUGGGUGGGGCUCACGCUGGCGGCGCCGCUGGGGGCGCUGCUGUCCGCCAAGCUGAGGGUCCCCCCUCGACCGCCGCCCCCCCGCGCCUCCCCAACCCCUUCGCGCACGUCCUAGAGCGCAUCGACGGCACGGCGGUGUUGGUGCGAUGCGGCGCGGCGUGGGGCGCGGGGAUCCACCUGGGCGGGGGCUACGUCAUCACGUGCGCACACGUCGUGAGACAGCACGACUCGUACAAAGUGUCCCUGUACUGCGAAGGCGUGAAAGAGACAGCGAUAGUCCGAUACAAAACGGCGGACGACAAGGCUUACGACCUGGCACUGCUGUACAGCAACCCGGAGCAUUGGAGGCACUUGUCGCCAGCACUGUUCGCCGAGGAACCGGCCGAGAAAGGCGAGCCCGUGUUGGCGGCGGGAUACCCUUUCUUCAGCGAGACUCACCUGCGCGAGCUGCGGCCGACGGUGACCAGCGGCCGGGUCACCAACGCCUCGCCAUCCAUGAUGCACACCUCCUGCUGCGUCCAGUCUGGUUUCAGCGGCGGCCCGAUCUUCCGUCUCAGCGGGGGGCGGGCUGAGGUGCUGGGGGUGGUGGUGAGCACCGCGAAGAGCCACACCGGCGCCAGCUACCCUUACGUGAACAUGGCGGCGCCAGUCCGAGCCUUCAUACGGCCCCUGCAGAACUUCAUACUGGACAAAGACAUAACGAAACUGCAACAGAUCGAGAGCAAAAAGGAGACUAUCCAGUCCCAAUGGCGACUUCUACCUUAUCGCUCCAAAAUA